GGCUGUUUUUUUGCCCUGGGAAAGGAAUGAUUGAUUGCAAUUCGCUAGGGAAAGCGAGAGGUAUGGCGAAUAAUGGCGUUACAUAGUUUGACCUUGUUAGGGCGAAAUUACAAGGGCGACAGCAGCGCGAGGGAGCUAACGGAUUUUCUCACGUUUAUCUCAAAAAUCUUCUCACCCUCUUCCAUCGUCAUCCUAGUCACCGCUAGGAAAAGGCAGUUUGAUUUGGACGAAUCGAACUGGCCCGAUCGCUGAUGAAUCGGGGAUAGCGAGGGCCGAUCCCUCGGGAAAUUUGGUCCUGAGAUGAAGGGAAGCUGCGACGUGGACGUUGGGACUACGGCGGCGGAGUCUUCCAUUCCGCCACCACUGGAAUGGAAAUUCUCGCAGGUUUUUGGGGAGCGGGCGGCAGGCGAGGAGCUCCAGGAAGUUGAUAUUAUUUCAGCCAUUGAAUUUGACAAGUCUGGAGAUCAUCUUGCCACUGGUGAUCGAGGAGGGCGUGUUGUUUUGUUUGAAAGGACAGAUGUUAGACAUCAUGGUUUCCGAAAGGACUUGGAGAAGCAAGAUUGUCCAAUUACUAGGCACCCUGAGUUCUGCUACAUGACUGAGUUCCAAAGCCAUGAGCCUGAAUUUGAUUAUCUUAAAAGCUUGGAAAUAGAGGAGAAGAUUAAUAAGAUUAAAUGGUGUCAGACAGUCAAUAAUUCUCUUUUCCUUCUUUCUACCAAUCACAAGACUAUUAAGUACUGGAAAGUGCAAGAAAAGAAAGUGAAGAAGUUUUCUGAAACCAAUAUAGAUACUUCAGAAAAUGGGAGCAUUGCUAGCGCAAGUAUAACUGCUACAAGAUUUGUUCCGGAUGGUGCUUAUGCAGAAAGACCCCACAGCCACUUGAGCAAUGACUUUUCCAUCCCUCCUGGAGGCUCUUCGUUGCUUCGUCUUCCAGUGGCGACGAGUCAAGAGACAAGCCUUAUUCCUAAAUGCCGAAGGAUAUAUGCUCAUGCCCAUGAUUAUCACAUAAAUUCUAUCUCAACUAACAGUGAUUGUGAGACGUUCAUAUCAGCUGAUGAUCUGCGAAUAAACCUUUGGAAUUUGGAAAUUAACAAUCAGAGCUUUAAUAUUGUUGAUGUGAAACCUGCAAAUAUGGAGGAUCUAACUGAGGUGAUCACAUCUGCUGAGUUCCAUCCAACCCACUGUAACUUGCUGGCUUAUAGUAGUUCAAAGGGCUCAGUCCGGCUUAUAGACUUGCGACAAUCUUCUUUAUGUGACAAUCAUUCUAAGAUAUUUGAGGAACGUGAAGCUCCUGGUUCAAGGUCUUUUUUUACAGAAAUCAUUACGUCAAUUUCAGAUAUUAAAUUUGCAAAAGAUGGAAGACAUCUCCUUAGUCGUGACUAUAUGACUCUUAAGCUAUGGGACAUAAACAUGGAAGCUGGUCCUGUUGCAACUUUCCAGGUCCAUGAACAUUUAAGACCUAGGCUUUGUGAUCUUUAUGAAAGUGAUUCAAUCUUUGACAAAUUUGAUUGCUGCCUUAGUGGUGAUGGGUUGCAUGUCACAACUGGAAGUUACAGCAAUCUUUUUCGUGUAUUUGGUUGUGUUCCUGGCAGCAAUGAAGCAACCACUUUGGAAGCCAGUAAAAAUCCAAUGAGGCUGCAAGUGCAGAACUCAAAGUCCGCAAGAUCUAGCAGCUUAACACGGGUUGUUAGACGAGGAGCAGAAAGUUCUUCAGACUCUAACGGCAACUCAUAUGAUUUCACAUCCAAAUUACUCCAUUUAGCUUGGCACCCAACAGAAAAUUUAAUUGCUUGUGCUGCGAUGAACAGUUUGUACAUGUAUUAUGCAUGAAGAUACUAGGAACGGAAGUUUUCAUUUUUGCAAAUUUUUUUUUUGUUAUGAUUUGUUCAGGCACUUAGCUUUCGAUGUUCAAUGAGCUAGGUGUGGGAGCAUGUGAUUUUUUGCAUGCUCAAGUGUGGUAAAAAAAUUUGCUACCCAGGCUCAAUAGACAUUCUACUUUCCAUGGAAGCGUCUUCUGAUUAAUUUUGUGGGAGAGAUUGAAGAUCUUCACUAAAGUUUGACGGCACCCUUGUAGAUUGCUGCACCUAUUGCAGGUGUUUUCGUGUCUCAAAGCACGGGCUGUUCUGCAUCUGGAUGGCAGGGCAUCUGUACUUGUUGGACAUGUAUACCAGAGCUUGGGGAAGUUCUUCACUUGCAAAGCGUUCACAUAUAAUAUUAUACACGGAAAUCCUUCAGUUUUUUUUUUUUUAAUCUUUGGAAUAUAGUAUGUUUUCAGUUUAGAAAUUGCUCAGACAAUGUAAUCUUGUUGGUCAUUGAUAUUUAAUUUUUUUAAGCUGUCAAAUAGUAGGCUUGGAUGCCUUCUGCUUCUCGAGUUUUAUUUCAGCUGUAAUUUCAUUUCCACGGUUUGUAACCCAUGAAUGAAGGGGUUUGUCACACUAGUUCAUCUUUUUAUUAGGAAGAAAAUGGCAUAACCAUCAAAAAUACGAUUUUUUUCUUA